AUGUGCUCGGUGCUGCUCUUUCAUCAGUGGACUCUGGCGGUCUUCUUGCUGUGUUCUCCGAUGGCGCCGGCGGACGCACUGAGUAGCAGAAUGCGGCGGUCGGUGAGCCACGCCCAGCUGAUGCACGACAAAGGCCGCAGCAUGCAGGAGCUGAAGCGUCGCCUGUGGCUGCAGGAGCUCCUGGAGGAGGUCCACACGGCCGACGAGCGGGCCCCCCCGGCGCACGGCGGGACCCCCGAUUUCAGCGGAAACGACCUCCGCCAGAAGCCCCCGGAGGCCACCAAGAACACGGCCCACGGGUUCGGAUCGGACCGCGAGGGCCCCGUCCUGCCGCAGGAGACCGACAAGGCGCUGGCCUACAAGGACCGACCGCUCAAGGCCGCCACCAAGAGGAAAAAAAAGGCCAGGCUGGGUCGGCGCAGGGAAGGCGACAAGAAGCGCCGGCGGACCCGCUCCCCCCCGACGCCGGUCUGA